CGUCCCCCCGGUAGGCCAUUAUUAAAACCUCCCAUUUCAUCACAUUCUUCCUCCGAUAGUCCAAUCGGAACUGAAAUUUACCACAGUUCUCUCUCAGCGUUCGAAUUCUCCAACUAAACCCUAGUAGGCUAACUUCUCAGUCCCCAGCUUCUCUCAGCGCGUCAAUUGAGUUGCCCAUCAGACACUGCAAGAAUCCAAGAAAAAAUGGGGGACGUAGCGGAAAAGUUGACGUCCUUUCAAGCCGUCACGGGCAUCAACGACGCAGAUUUGUGCACGGAAAUUCUCUCCGCCCACAGUUGGGACCUCGAAUCGGCCAUCUCAUCUAUCACAUCCACCGUCGCCACCGGCCCCUCCGCCUCCUCUUCCUCCGCCGCCGCUGCCGCCGGCCGGACAAAUCAAGAACCCGAAGACGUUGGCCUUGUCCUAGUCCCUACAGGAAACAACAAUCAAUCUCCGGGUCUCGUUUGGAAAAUAAUCACACUCCCAUUCUCGAUCAUCUCCACUAGCCUAGGUUUAGUUUCUGGCGCGAUCGGGUUCGGCGUGUGGGCUGCGAGCGGCGUCCUGUCUUAUUCGUUUGGCAUGAUGGGGCUGAACGGCUCCUCGCGGGGUGGGUCGAUGCCUCUGGUAUCGGUGUCCCAGUCGGCCUCGGAGGCCAUGGAUUUCGUUUUGGGUUUCGAGAGGGACUAUGGAAGGGUUAGGCCGAAUUUCGUGGGCGAGGGUUUCAUGGAUGCCUUGCAGAGGUCCCGACGUGAGUACAAGCUGCUGUAUGUUUACUUGCACUCACCCGAACAUGCUGAUACUCCUCUCUUCUGCGAGGGGACUCUGUGCAAUGAGAUGCUGGCAGCGUUCUUGAACGAGCAUUUUGUGGUGUGGGGAGGUAGUGUGAAGGCCAGUGAAGGGUUCAAGAUGAGUAAUACUCUGAAGGCUUCCAGGUUCCCGUUCUGUGCAGUUGUUAUGGCGGCAACCAACCAGAGGAUCGCAUUGCUGCAGCAGGUUGAGGGACCAAAAUCUGCUGAAGAAUUGUUGUCAAUAUUGCAGAGAGUGAUUGAGGAAAGUGCUCCUGUUCUUGUUUCAGCAAGGGUCGAAGCCGAAGAGAGAAGGAACAAUAUGCGCCUGAGGGAGGAGCAGGAUGCUGCCUAUCAAGCAGCUCUCGAGGCUGAUCGAGCUAGGGAGCGGCAGAGAAAGGAGGAAGAAGAAAGAUUGGAACGUGAAGCUGCUGAAGCCGAAAGGAAAAGGAAGGAAGAGGAAGAGAUUCGUGAACGUGUUGCAAGAGAGGCUGCUGAGAGAGAAGCUGCAUUGACUAAGAUGCGUGAGGAGAAAGCGCAAUCACUUGGUGCUGAGCCUGAGAAAGGGCCUGACGUUACUCAAGUAGUGAUUCGUUUCCCUUCUGGAUUGCGCAAGGAAAGAAGGUUUCACUUGACGGCAAAGAUACAAUCUCUGUACGACUAUGUGGACUCAUUAGGUUGCUUGGAUGUUAAUGGCUACAGCCUCAUUUCCAACUUUCCCCGCACUUUGUAUGGUGAAGACAAGCUCUCGUUAUCCCUCAAGGAAGCGGGAUUACAUCCUCAGGCCAGCCUCUUUGUGGAGUUGAGCUAAGAGGAUGAAACAUUGUAAUAGGGAUAUUCUUAUAUCUGACUUUUGGCUUUUUUUUUUACGAAAACAAAUGUAUUGAUGGUAUCUUUUAGCAUAUCUUAAGCUUUGCGGGUAUUGUGUUGUGACAUCUUUUCCAAGUCUUAACGGGCGAAUAUGAUAGCGGGGUAUAUAGGUUUUAUUUGCAGUGAUUGUUCUUUAAUGAAUUGUUAUGGGCAUAUAUUUUUUUCGGGCUUUGUUUAACUUUAUAGUUAUACUCAUUUACUAUUUUGCUGUAAGUUUGGAAAAAGUUGUAUAUGAUCAGUUAAGAUGGUU